AGUCGGGUUUUUCGUUUAAAUAGGACGGGUCUUGAAGGCAGAAACCAUCCGAAGUGCUACAGUCGAAGAGGUCACAUCUAGUUGUCUUCAUCCUGUGGUGCUGAGCAGAAGUUGAGACGUCCGUCUUCAGUCUGUCGUUUUGCUGCUUUCAGCGGUUUCACUGCAACAUUAUCACCAUCCAACUCAACACGAUGAGAAUCUUGGCAUUCGUGGGAAUUUCUUUCUUGGUCAUCAUUAUAAAUGUUGAAGCUAGCAAUCGUUAUCAACCCUAUCCAGCGGACGGUCAACAAAGGCAAGGACAGGCAGGACGAGGUCAACCAGGGCGCGGUCAACAAAGGCAAGGACAGGCACGACAAGGUCAACCAGGGCGCGGUCAACAAAGGAGACGGACGAACUCAAUUGUGGGAUCGACAGGGAGGUCAGGGAUAACUGGUUCACCACCAGGUUCACCAGGAGGCUCUACAGGCUACUCUGCUAACACAGCAGAACCUCAAAUACCUGUCAUGGUUGAUCUAUUCAGAAUAAUGGACACGAAUCGAGAUCAUAUGUUAGAGCAAUCGGAUUUCGUGAGAUGCCAGGGAAAGCCAAUAUUAAGUGGUCUAUCAGUCAUUGAUGUUCCAAUUGGUGGUGGUAUAUCAAAGGGAGAUUUCGACAGACGUGUAGGUAAUGACCGAAAAACAGUGGAUAUCGCAAAGUUGAAUAAUUAUGGGAAAUAUAAUGCUGCAAAUCUUCAAAGCGUUCUCGGUAUUAGCCAGGUUGGAGCAAGGAAGAUUUUAGGUGACAGAACUGAGGUGACACCUACAGAGGUAAAGAGCUUCAUUGAAGGGACUAACACACGCUUUGAUAUGAACGCUGAUGACUAAAUACUGGAUUAAUAUAGUUAUUAAAAAUUAAAUAAAGAAUAGUCAAUACUAUUAUUAUUAUAAUUAUUAUUAGUGUUACUAUUAUUAUUAUUAUUACAACUACUAUUAUUAUUAUUAUUAAUAAUAAUUAAUUACAAAGGGGAGGUUAACAACUAUGCAGAUGAUACUAUAAUCCUAUCUACACAUAAAAACUUAUCAGUUGCAGCCGAAAAAAUACAGAGAGAAAUAAACACAAUUACAAAAUACUUUCAUAACAAUUAUAUCCAUAUAAACAGUAAAAAGACUAAAACAAUAGUAUUCCAUAACCCAAAACUGGACAUAGAUACCAUCGAUCCAAACAAUAGAGUAACUAGCCACAAAUACGAAUGUUUUAAAACAAACUACCUGUGUACCUGCAACAAAAUCAAACACUUAGUGAAGUACCUAGGAAUGCAUUUCGAUUCGAAUAUGAAGUGUUUCACUCACUCACAAGUGUUGGCUGAAAACUGAGGUAUAUAGCACAUAGAUGCUUCCAACUAAAAUAUCUGCUACCAAUGAAAGCAAAAUGUACAGUAUACCUUAGCCUAGUGGAAUCUCAAGUAAGAUAUGGAAUAACCGUUUAUGGACAUGCUCCGAAUUAUAUCUUGAAACCAGUAGUUCAACUGACUGACAGAAUAAGAGGACAUUUUUCCAGAAUCUAGACACAAAUGCAAUACAGAUACUCAACUUCAAAAAAAAAAUUGCAUGGUUGCCUGUAAAGUCGGUAUACGGGCGAAAGUUUUACGUGACAACGACUUUGAGUGGUAAAAUAAUUUUAAUGUGAAUAUUCAUUCGUAUAGUAGGAAGAAGGAUGAAAUAAUAGUAAUAGUAACAAUUUGCCAGCCUGGGAAGUAGUGGCGCAGUCGCAGGAGAUUGCUUGCGGCGCCUGCGCAGGUUGACUGCUCCGUUUCACUCUCUCUCCAGGUGAAUGCCUUCGGGUUGCUCGCCACUGCUCCUAUUCGUGCUCUUUCCAGACGACCGUGAAACAAAACAAACGCUCUCACUCGCUCUCAUUGUGAGCGCAUAACGUGGGAACGUAACGCAGUUUCUUGAAGUGUCACCCGGCAAACCAAUUUAUAAGACGUUGUCACGUCAAAAACUUUUACAAAUUCAUAAUACUACAGAAAUACUACUUCGAAAAUAAUUAUAGACACACCAAUGAAAAUAGAUACAAUACAAGACACUUGCACUAUAGAACACCUGACUUCUAUACAGAAAUGGGAAAGGUUAUACUUUGUGCCAAACAUCCUCAAGAGCCUCAACACAUACGCACAAGUUAAAAGAGAAAUAAAGAGCUAUUUCAUAACAGAUCAAUAGAAGAAUAGAAGAUCAACAUUAUAACCAUAGAGAAACAAUAGCGUAAGAAGAUAUCCCAUGGUAUAGGGCGUUUAUGUCGCAACUUUUACUGUUAUCUCAAGCUGAUAUUCCAAGUAGUUCAUUCCUGUGAAGCUUUAUGACGCUGGUAGUCUCUCAUAGUGUGCCGUUCAUACACUCUCACCCCAACAAAACAGUGAAAUUCAACAAUAAUCGACAGUAAUCGGCUUGGGAUAACAGUAAAAGUUGCGACAUUAACGCCCUAUACCAUGGGAUAUCUACUUAUGUUUCUUUAUGAUAUAACUCAAUUUAACAUAUAAAUGUAAACAUCAUAAGAAAUAUAUAUUAAUACAAGAAGAAGAAGGAAUUAUAUUAUGUUUAUGAACCUCUUGCAAAUCUGAUAAAUAAUGUAUUAAAACAACACCCCAAUAUAAGCUAAAAUAAUUAGCUUCAUGGGGUAGCCACAAUAUCUUAAGAAUAAUAGGAGAUCUAAAUUAAUUCUUUCAGUUCAUACAGUUAUCAUUAUUAUUAUAUUAUGGAGAUCUAAAUAGAUUCUCACGACAUAUAUGUGAUGAAAUAUAAGAUGUUAUUAUUUUAUGAUCUCUCUAAUGACGUAAACUAUCAUAUUAUGUAAUGUUAGAAAAAUUUGAAUGAAAAAAAAUUAUUAUUAUUAUAAAGCUAGGCUUACUUAUGCUAGUUUCACACUCAUUCGGUUCGUUUCGUUUUUGGCAAAUUCCGAUAAGUGUGAAAUGGUAAUUCGGUUUGAAUUCGGUACCGAAUAGAAACCGCAUAGAACCAAACGCCCACUUGACUCUUAUAAAUCCCAUCAGGUUUCAAUUCGUUGCUAGCGCCGGCUACUUUCACACACUUUCGGUUCGGUUCGGUUCGUUUCGUUUUCGGCAAAAUUCCGAUAAGUGUGAAACAAUGAUUCGGUUUGAAUUUGGUACCGAAUAGCAACCGCAUAGCACCGAACGCCCCCUCGACACGAAUAGGUUUCAUCAUAUUUGAAUUCGUUGCUAGGGAAACGGGAAAAAACAAAGUCUUUUACAUAUGCUUGCCUUUUUUUUUUUAUUUUGAACUGAUAUUGUGACAAUCUGUUCCAAAUUUUUCAAGUCAAAAUCAUAUGGUCAAUUCAUUUCUGUUAGUAGACAGGAACAUAUUUUUCUCAAUGAAUAGUUUGCUAAAUAAUUUGAAAGAUAUAAAUUAAAACUCAGGGAGAAUUUUUUUCCCACGAAUAUUACAUGAUUUCAUCAAUGGAGAGAAUAGAUGAAGUUUAUAAUUAUACCAUGAUUGUGUCAAAACAAGAACAAAUUUUCAAUUCAAAAAAUCAUCUCUCUGAACAUCCAAAAUCAACUUAAGUUAAUCAAAAAGAAACUAUUCAAAUAAUUCACGAUUUUUAAUUGAUUUUAAAAUUUUGUUGUUCAAGAAAUAACAUAUCACAAUUUAACACAAGCUGUUAUAUUUAAAUAUACCAGCAUGAACUGUGAAAAUCCAAACACAGCUGUGUUUGAGAAGAAAAUACCUAAUUAGAACCGUACGAAUUAAAACCUGACAUGUAUGAAAGCCUCAUUCGUUUUCGGUAACGAACCGAACCGAACCGAAAACGUACCGAACCGAAUGAAACCGAAAGCGUGUGAAGCUAGCCUUACACUAUGUAGCAAAGCUCUGCUACAAGUUCAAAAACUGACACUGGAAAUCUGCUAUAUAGACCGGCUAUAUAGAAGUUUUAAGCCUAUUUUCUCAGCUAUAUUGCAGAAAAUGAUACUGUGUCAUAUACAUUGUAUAUCAAGAUAACACUCAUCAAUAUUAUAUUAUUAUCCAUUAUGUUUGUUGUAAUACAACUUUUCUUCAGAUGUUUUACAUAUUAUACUUUCAGUUCAAUAGCAUUACUAUUAUAUUAGGAUACAGCAUAGUUCCCUUUUAUGAAAUGUAUGUAUUUCAUGAGGUUGUUAGUAGCUUUGAUCAUAGAGAAACAAUAGCGUAAGUAGAUAUCCCAUGGUAUAGGGCGUUUAUGUCGCAACUUUUACUGUUAUCUCAAGCCGAUAGUUCACGUAGUUCUUUCCCAUGCAGCUGUGUGACGCUGGUAGUCUCUCAAAUUGUGCCGUUCUUACACUCUCACCCCAACAAAACAGUAAAAAUUUACAAUAAUCGACAGUAAUCUGCUCGAGAUAACAGUAAAAGUUGCGACAUAAUUCCCUAUACCAUGGGUUAUCUACUACGCUAUUGUUUCUCUAUGAUAUAGCAUAGUUCCCUUUCAUGAAAUGUAU